ACGACUUCUUUCAUUUGGCGUCUGCAAAGUUCUACGUUUUGAUAACAGCCGUUUGUGUGCGCUCCAGCGUUCAAUCAGCCGUCAGUGGGCUACGCGCCGUGUUGAAGGAAACACGCAUACGCGCGUUCGUCUGCAUUGCCGUCAUCAGCCACUAUCAUCGAGUGAUAAACGAACUGCAUACACAUACUGGCCGAGUAUGUUUUAAUCAACGUUGCCGCGAAAUAAGCGAACAUUGUGUUUUCCUAGCUACCUGUGUGUGUGUGCUUUCACGGUGUUUAUUUAUUUGGCUCACUUUGCCUUUCGUGCUUGAUUGUGCUUACAGUGCGUUUAGAUAAAUUUGUGUAUGUGUAUUUGUGUGCGCCAUUAUUAUAUGGACGAUUUAUAUUCGAAAUAAAGAACCAAGUGGAAAAAAUUAAAUUCAAAUAGCUGCUACAUGUUGGCGAAAAAUUGAGUACAAACAAUAGCUUUUUUGUAAAGUGAGCAGAAGCAAACAAAAAUAGGCAAAAUAAAAAGCACUUGCGUUGCGGAAGCGUAAGAGCACAAUUUUAAUUUUGCUUGCUUGUUGAGUUCUAGCGUGUGGCCGAUAGUCGCUCUGGGAACGUUCUUAGCUACGGUUCUAGUGUUAUUUUCGGUGAAGCGUGCUUGUUUUAAAGAAUAAUAAACACCUUAGACAAGUGUGGAAUAAUUCCGAUGAGAAUUCAGUUCCAUAACACUCAAAUAAAAAGCAAAAUGGAUAACUAAAUGCAGUUGAAAUCAAUCAACAGCAGCAACAGCAGCAGAAGCAGGAGAAGUAGCAGCAGCAAUCACAAUUGCAUUGCGCAAUAGUCACGCCCACACCACCGAACGACGACCACAACGACGAUAACCAGCACCCCCCCUGCAAAUCCCCCCAACCGCCGGCCAACUCGUAAAGAUCAACUGGAGUUAAGGAGCCAACUUGUAUGCGCAUCUUAAAACCCACAAAAGAACAAAGGAUCCACAGCAGCAGCCUUAUCCACACGGGAAAAACACACGCAUCCCCCCACAAACACACCACAACAACAACAAAAAAAUAUAAUACAUUAGACUAAAAGCAGUCAGCGAGAACAAAUUAAUUUAAAAACAUAAAUAUUAAUAUCCUGCGUUUAAAUAAUUUAACAACACAAAACAGCAGUUAGUUCAAAGCAUAUUCCGAUUAAUUCAGCAAGCAAAGCGUUAAACACCUGUGCAACGCGGUAAACUACAUACGAUUGCAACACAACACAGUGUGCAACAGUGAAAUUUAGCAAAUUCAAUCAUAAUAUAACAACAACAACUCGCGUUUACUACUUGCUGGACAGCCAAGCGACGAUCCAUAAUUAUUCGUCGCCACCAAAUGCCAGCAAUUUGAGAAUAUAACCUAUAAACGGCAACACGGCCAAACCGCAAACAACAUAGAGGAGCGUGCGCUGGCACAACACAACAACAACAACAACAGCAACUUAUAAUGAUUUUGAUAUAAUUUGUGAAAGGUGUCACACCAAAAACAAAUCAAAACAAAAAGAUUUCAAGUUUUCUGUUUAUCCCUUCUCGUCAUCAGCGUUUUAAUAGCUUUUACUGUCAAUUAUUUAGUCUACACUCACGGAAGCACUAUUCGGCGGAGAAAAUAUAUAGACGACAACUAAACGCGCACCCAUUUUGUUUGGAUCUAUAAUUUAAAUCAAUAUUUAACAAAUUACAUAAAUAAUUAAAAUAAAAUAAAAAAGAAAAUACUAUGAAAAUUAAAAUUAAUUAAAUCAAUAAUACAACUAAAUAAAUAAUAAUUAUAAAAGCGCGUAAAAAUCUAUAACUUGCACAAUAACACUACAACAACAAAAUAUAAACAGCAAAUUCAAAACCAAAGAAUUUCAAACAAAAUCUCCAGUAGAAAAGUAGAUUGUUUACUAACAAUUUUAAGUAAAAAAAACAACAGCAACAAAGCAUAAUUGUGUUGUUGUAUCAACAUUGUAGUUUCGUAGACACAUACAUACAUGCAUACUUUAGCCAUGAUGUAUCAAGUAGAGAAAUUUGCUUAAAUAUGUUUGCAACAUUUUCCGGCCCCGUGGCAGUGUGUCAACAACAAAUGCAACAACUAAAACCACAACAACAAACGCAAACCUUUGUUAACAUGUUGUACGCAGCGUUGUGCAUUGUUAUCCACGCAUCGGAGGUUGCACCGAAAAAUGUUUAAAUUCCAUGCGAUAAAUUGUGUUCAUUACAACAACCACAAAAACAACAAUUAUCGACUAUUUCAGCACAUCAUUGAGGUAACAACGACGACGACGACCGGAACAGGGAAGCAACGUGUAACUAUCAACAACAACUAGUAUAGUUAGCAACAGCGGCAGCAACACCAUCAACAACAACAACAACAGCAGCAGCGCGAGACAACGGUGAUUAUUGCUCCAAUGCAAAUUGCAGUUGUCGCCUGGUGGUCGCCAGCAAUUGUCGCAUUCGCAGCUGUUGUUAUCAUCGCCGCCGUUGCCGUUGCCGUCGCAGCAGCAGUCACGCUACAUAGUAAAGCGUAAAGUUCCCUCAGCGAUUGACAACGUCUUACGCCAAAAGUAUUGUGCUAAUUUCUACGUAAUCGUAACUCAGUCACCAGCAAUACUAGUUAACUAACUGUUGCAUUGCACUAUUGCAUCCUUUGUGGCACCAACAACACCACCGACGAUUGAACCUUUCAUCACUGAUCGCUUGUGUGUUUCGUGGCUAAUUCGUGCAAUUCUACUUGAAUCCUUAAGUGAGAAGCUAUAGGUAUGAAAUAUCCUCAACUUGUGUCGACGCGUGCGGUGAACGCCAUAUCUGAUUGGCUAGUAGCCCGUUUGGAGCAGUUAGGCGUUGAGGCUCCACAUAUUUAUACAAGACUACUUCUGUCACUUUUACAAUCGACUGUACAACUAAAUGAUCCAAUUGAAUUCAGCAAUUUAGAAUCAUUUCUUGCGAGCCGUAAAGGAAGCGGUAGGCGCUACCGAGAGUGCGAUAUUGACGAACUUAAGAAAUAUAAUGCUGUGCAGUGCAUAAAGAACAUCGUUUCGUCAGACCAGGAGAUCGCAUCUAUUGAGAACCUCGUUGAAGAGCUCUUUGAAAGACUUAAAGACAUUGAGAAGCAAUCCAGCGAUAGUGAAGACGAUGAUAGGGGUCCAGUAGCAACGCUUUCUAUCACCCACCGUUACAAUAGAUCGCAGCAAAGAAGAGAAGUGCCAACCAAUAGUAAAAGUUGCAGAGCGAGUUGCGCCGCCGAGAGUAGUAGGUACGCAGAAGCAGCUGGAACAUCAGCUAGUGCCAAAAGAUUGCAAGAACGUGAACGAGAAUAUUGGCGCGCUUUUCCCGCGCUCUCGAAACAAAUGGGUGAUAUAGCUCCACGCUGGCGCCACCCUUCCAAGUGGAUGUUAUGGCCUUCGGACAAACCCAAAGACGACGUUAAGAAAAACGCUUCUACAAGUAGCGCCAGCUCGACAAUGUCUAGUAAUUCCGAUGCGGAAGAUGGCAACCAAGCAGCCGCAAGACAGGCUAAGGAGCAGAGAAAUAUUAAAGAGGAAGAAGAAGAUGCAAUGAUGGAAGAUACCGUGGAGAAUACGGAAGGUGCAGCUAAUGUGUCUGGAGUAGAGUUGUGCGACGACAUAGUGGAUGAGAAUGAUGAAAUCGAUGAUGACGAAGCUAGUUGCAGCGCUAACGCAGCUGGUUAUGGCAGCGGUGCUAUAAAACGAAAUUCCAAACGACGCCGCAGUCGUGGUAAGUCUUUAUCACGCAAGAACCCAGCUGGCGGUAACAACUCUGACUCCAAUAAUGUUGGCAAUAAUCGGUCACAAGCAAGUGGAGGUAAAAACAAGCGUAAUCUAUCGCCCAGCUGUUGGGAUACCGAUUUCGAGGGAUGUUGGGAGAUGGGUCGCGAUUUAAUCAAAGAAUUCAUAGCGAGCCAAAAUCGUAAUGCACGCAAUCGCAGCACUUCAGAGAGCGCUGUUUCGUACAAUAAGCAGAGUGCAACCGAAGUAGCACCCGCUAACGAAGGUGAUAAUUGUAAAACAGCUACAAACGCCGAGCAACAGCAAACAACUGAAGAGCUUUUGGUUGAAAACAAAGAUACUGCUGAGGAUGAAAAAAUAAACGCCAACAAAGCCGUUACACCCCCAUUACCACCAGUUGAUAUGUCGUUCUGCGAUUAUGAUGAUUUCGACGAUACACUCGCCUCUGUGUCCGAGCUGACUAAUGAUGGGCCCUUAUCAAUGCUAGCAACUAGUGAGGGUGCUUGUGCCGUGCCACCAUCUACCAACGCUAAGCGUCUUUAUGAGCGCGAAUUGUUACCAAAAGAUACGAAAUCCGAUGUACAAUCGGAUUUUGCACAAUUCGAAGCAAAAUUCAAUAGUAGUGUCGAAGCUUUAUGGAAAGAUGCUGACCGCAGUGAGCAGAAGGGAUUCAGUCCAUUUGGUGAUGGCAAUAAAUUAAAUAUUUUUAACUUUGGUAGUGGCAACAGCAAACACUUUUCCGGACCCACCUCGUUACCGACCGAUGCGCCAUUUUCAAGAAAUUUAAAAAACUUUUGGUCUAAUUAUUACAAUCAUCAUUUUGACCUAAGUAAAAUGCUGCCGACAAGCGUAAUUGGCGAAAAGGCCAAAGAACUAGAUGUAUUGAUGCAAAAUAAAGCAAACGAUAAGGGUGAAGCUGCUUUCAAGUCAAAUGGUGGUGGUUUUAGUGAGGCUAACAAUUUCUCCAAUACCCAACAAGGAGAUGCCAACACAGCUGGUGGUCCGACAAGUGACUACUACUCAAUGCCGAGCAAUUUGGAGGAUAUUGAGAAAGCCAAAUCGCAACGUUCUGGCUUACGUCACAAUAGCGGCUGCAGUGACAGUGGCAAUAGCUUGAGUGCGCACAGAGCUGGUGGCACAAUUGGAGAAGAGCGCAAAACACCGGUGGCUCUCUUUCUACAAAACUCGAUUUGGUCAGAGAACGCUAAUUUCGGCGGCGGUGAUUCAGAUGAAACUUUCUACUUCAAAGUCCAUAAUUCUGGCAAUCAGCUGAACGCAUAUGAUGACAACAAUCGCGAAGAAACAUUGCAAUGCGAUGCCAUAACCAGUGGCGUAAAUAUAAACAAUGGCAGUGGCUUUGCCUUCACCGCGCCCUACUCGGCUUCUAAGUGGUCGGAAGGUAUUAAUGCUGGACCGCCACAAGGUAAUGUGCCAACACCGCUGAUACAGCAUAAACAACAGUGCGGAAAUCAAAAUAACAGUUAUCAUCUUGCGUUGAACUCAACCGAUUGCACAGAUUCAUCUUCGUCGAGCGCAUGUACACCAGGUGCCUCAAAUUGGCAUCAUCUACCCAAAAGUGAUGCUAAAAAUGAUUGGUCCGCCGAGCAAAUGCGCGACAAAAACGCGACACAUGACACUGGCAGCACGGCAGCACCGAAAAUUACGCUCGCCAAUCACUCGACAACAGGCAGUGGCUUCGUUGCAUAUUCACGCAUUAAAGCCGUCUUAAAGUUGCAAUUGUCAGGCGAUGGCAAUGCUAUGAACGACGCGGCAGCUAAGCAGCAGCAGCGAAAUUACCCACCACGUACGAAUAGCAAGGAACAACAACAACGUUAUGCACUCGAUAUGAUGGAUGAUGGCGAAAAUCUACUGACUUCCGAACGCACACAUUUCCAUCCCAUUAAAUCGUAUAUGGAUGGGCACACAUUCGAUAUUUGCAGUGAAUUGGAUGUUAUCGAGUACGAUCGAUCGGCCAGCGGUUAUCUGUACUACGAAGAAGAGAAAUAUCUCGAGUACACGCGUACCGAUAAUUUUAUGGUGGAAGAUGAUGGUGGCAUUGGUGCCUCAGCCAAUCCCUUGUAUGCCAAUUCGAAUUGUGAGGCAGCCACAGCUAGCGCCAAGGCCAACUCCGGUUGCCACAGCCAGAAAUUAAAGCGAAUCGAACGUGAUUUCGUCAUAAAAUUCCGUGUUCAACGCACUGAAAUCGCUUGCCAAACGGAUCCAGAGCCGCCAACUGCGCGUGCGUUAGUGAGCGCCAACAAACGCAAUGUUGUAAUGAAUGCAUCGGCAACAAAAACAGCACAACCGCAUCCAAUAAGUUUAAUAUUCUCAAAUGCGGCGAAAAAUUUGAAAGCAAACGCCGCAAACGAACUUGUCUACAGCGACACCGUGGAGGCGUUUACCCGCGCUAUGGCACACUUCCCGCCGCCGCAGGCGUCGUCUAGCAACCAAUCGGCUUGGUGGUCAAUGGGAGCUGAUGUCGGUGAUUGUCGGGCGGCUAGCAGCAACUGGAAUGUCUACCAAGCACAGCCGAAGCUGCAGCAAAAUGCUAAAAACAAUAAUAAUGAUAAAGAUGACGCUUGUGAUGACGCUGGCUGUGAUGUGGUACAUUUCCAUGGCAGCAUUGAUGAGUUACCCGAUGGUAUGGCCGCUCUCCAUGCAGAUGUAGAUAUGACAAGCUUAGAGCAAAAGUGGUCAAUGAAUGAGAUACGCAAGAAGUGCAAAGAAGCCGGUCACAUGGCUGCUGCUGAUGCUGUUGACGGCGGCGCCAUCGAGUCUGUUUGGGGCAUGUGUGCUGCCUGUAAUAAUGAAUUGAAAUCCAUACCGGCCAAUAGGCUAUUGCGCGACGAAUUGCAAGUGGAGGCUGACCAGAUAAUGAGCGAUUUGAAAUACAUGCAAGAUUUAUACAUAGGAAGAGAUGGCGGUACAGCUAAUGCCGAUGAUGAUGAUGAUAAUAAUGCUGAGAAUAGAGACGACGAUCACCAAUGUAAUGGUGAGAGCGCCGCAGAGACUGUGACUAGCGACAGCGAUUGGUGCGCCGAAGAUAUAACUGCUGAUGUGGCGGAUGAGUGUGUAGUUAAUACAAGUUCGCAGAAUGCCAAUAAUAAUAAUGAACUAAAUGAAGAUCAUACAAUGCAGCAGGCAGACUCUCCGAAUCAAACUACUAACACUGUGGAGGGUGCUGCCAACAAUUCCAAUGAUUCCGAGACGUUUACCGUAAUACAAAAAGUAAAUCGUCUCAUCGCCGAAUUAUUGCGACCCGACAACAAUGCUGAUGGCGUCAAACAAAUGGACAAACAGAAUGCCAACGCUGCAUGUGCGAAAGUUAAUGAGUCACGUCAGGUGGAAGCUGAAGCAACACAAUUUAGCGGUAAUUUGUGGCAUACAAAUAGCAAUGAGCGGAAUAUUUGGCAACUGAAUGCUGGCGACAACACAAAUAGCUUAAUUGUGGCUGGCGGUGGUGGUGUUCUAGGCAGAGGCGAUAGUGUUAGUGGUGGUGGUGGUGUCGGUGGUGCUAUGCAUCCAAUACAACUUUUGCGACAAUUCAAUGUGAAGCCAUUGGAGACUGCUGUAGCCAAUGUGGAUAACGUAUUCCCUUCAGCCGCUGCGGCUGAUGCAGAUAAAUACCACAGGCAAAUGAGUUGGGAGCAUGAGAAUUUAGCUAGAAUUUGGCAGACAUCACCACCGUCACCACCACAAACACAAAACGCCACUAUGACAAUAAAUGAUGCCAAACCACAAGCCACAACCGAACAAAAAAUCAUAGAACCCUAUGAGCAGCAAGCGGAUAUCGCUGAGAAAAAUAUGCGCAAUUUACGCGCCAACGCAGAUGUGAGCGUGGAAGCGGCCGAUGCCAAUUUACAAUUGGCGCAAGAUUUUAAAAAGCACAAGGAAAGCAAAGUGGCUGCAGCUCUAGCUAACGCCCAGCUGGUCGACUCGGCUUUAAAAUUUAAGGCAAUCACUCGCAAACGUCGUCAUUCGGCUUCACAAAAUUAUUUUCACGCGCAUUUAAAUAGCAGCGCUACGGCAGCUGUUGCUGCUGUCAACAGUCUGGUUGGCGGUGGCGUCACAUCAUUGCAAAACAACAAUAACAAUGAGAUUGCCAAUUUAAAUAGUUAUACCUUGAAGUCGUUGCGUAACUCGCGCAAUGCCAAUGAGUUGAGUUUACAGAAUUUUCUGAAUGCUUCGCUGCGUUUCGGUGCCGCUGCAGCCGUUGCCGUUGCCGCUUCUAAUGCCAAGAAAUGUUCCGAUUUGGCCAAUAAUCUUUGUGGCGCAGAUUUUGCCUUCGGUUGCGAUUCAACUGCAACUGCGGACGGUCGAAAUCAAACGAUCAUCACCUGCAAAUAUCAUUUGACUGCAAUUGAGCCGUUGGGUGUGCAGCAGCAAAAUCAUGACGGCGACAAUAAUGAAUAUGGCUUAUUUACUGGCAAUGGCAUCGACGGCGAAGGCAAUACAGCGGCACCGCUCUCUAGCAUCCUCGACAAGAAUCCAUCUAUAUUGAAGCAUGUCACCAUGGUGUCACGUCCGUUGACGCGUUAAAAUGCUUCGCUCAAUUUAUAAAAAAUUUCAAGGUGCUGCGGCUCUGGAUUUUGUCGGAUGGAUUGGAGACGUUAACAUUAGAAAAAAAUAUUCAAUUGAAACAAUAGAACUUUGGCAACAACAGUAUCAACGACAACAAAAUAGCAUUCACCACAUGGAAUCAGAAAAAGGAAAAUGAAACAUAAUUUACUAAAAAAAAUAAACAAAAAACAGCAAAUCAAAUGGUGCAUAACGGUUGCAAAAUGCGCCAAGAGUAUCUUAAAAAAAUAGUAGCAACAACACAAAAUAUAAAUACGAGAGAUAAUUCAUGUUAAUUUUCGUAAAUUUAGUUAGAUCAGCUUAUCGUUUAUGUGUAAAAUUUUAUUUAAUACCUUACUUACAUAUAUACUUUCUUUUUUUGUUUGUUAAAUGUUGUAAAUUAUUCAUAUGCAUACAUACGUACUCUCAAACAUAUAAGGAACCGCGAUUUAUAUAAACAAUUAAUUACUUAAACACACAUAGAUACGAGAACACAUUGCAAAAUAUUCAAAUAUUUAUGUAUAUUAUCUAUGUUUAACGAUGAUUACUCAAGCAUUACAGCUGCAUAUAUCUUUUUUGACUUUUUUCAUUUACUUUCGUUAACUGUAUUUAUAUCCUUGCUUAACUUUAGUUUUUUUCUCUUUUUUUAUAUAUUUUUUUUUUGUUUUGAGUCAACUGUAUUAUCAAACUCUUAAAUAUUACGUUUCCAAAUUUAAUUUAAAACUACAAAAAAAAUUAAAAACAAAAAAAUGUUGAAUGCAACAAAAAUUAAAAAAAAAAAUUAAAUGUAUAGAAGAACACAUAUAUACACGAAAAGCAAAAAUGUAAAAAAAAAAAUUAUAAUAUGAAACAUGUCUGUAUGAGAUCCCAAAAAAUAUUCAUGUUAAAUUUUAGCUGCAUGUGAAAAAGAAGCAGUAAUAACGUAAACAAAAUUUAAUGUUUGCAUUCCUUAUAGUUUCGUUGUUAGCCAGCCAACAACAAUGGCGGCGACGUAUAUGCAACAUUAUUUAAAAAAAAUCGGGUCUUUAGCGAAACUUAUACAAAUUUGCAACACCCCAUGUUCACUAUGUACAAAAAUUAUGCGAAAAUAAUGGAAAUUGAACCUACAUCGUAGCAGAACAGCACCUAAAAGGAAACCCGUCCCAAAAAAAAAAAAAACGAAAAAUAAAAAAAAUAAUAAUAAUACAAAAUGAUAUGAAUGAUAUAUAAAAUUGUUUACCGAAUUGAAUGUGCGUGCACCGCGUUAAAUAACAGAUUAGUCAAAAUCCCACUUUCUUUCUGCUAACUUCAGUUAAAUUCACACAUAUUCAUAUUCGUUUCAGCAUUUUCUCUAUCAAACAAUAAAACUAUUCGUAAAAAGCACUGUUUUUUGUCAAGAGCCACCAAAAGCCUACACGGCAAUUUUGUGCUGAGAUACACGUUUUAAGAUUCAACCAGAUUAAGCUGCCACUCGUGUGGCAAAGUAAAUACUUUUUAAAAUUUUCAGUCACUUAACUAGAAAAAAGUUUUUUUCAUAUGGCUUAUACUUUUACUUUUACAUAGUUUGUCUCGAUCUUUCAUUCGAUUUUACAUCCUUGCACAUUCAAUAACGGUAAAUAUCACAUAAAACUCAUCAACAACAAAUAAAAACUCCACCUCCGCGCAAAGUGUGUGCAAAGUGUUGUAACACACGCAAGCCCAGGCACACACACAUACACACCACUUAUAAAUGACUUUAGUUGGAUUCGGCGUAGCAAUAUUUAGACAAUGGGCAAGAUCAAAUUGUGAACACGUUGCACCUUUUUGUUGUUAGGCAAAAUAAAGAAGAUACAAUGUUGAGUUUAUUUGUAUUAUGAACAAAAAAAUGUAAUAAAGAGAACCCCAAAAGGUUCGCGAAAAAAAAAACAAAAAGCAAACCAAAAAUGCGCUCAUUUAUUUAUUUAUUACAAUGAAAAAUUGAAAAUUGCAAAUGUUUUGAGAAAAACAAAACUAUGGUGAGGUUAAAAAUAUUUCGCAGACACACAAACAUGGCAAUGAAAAUUCGAAAUUUUGUCAUAUUUCAAUAGUCAUGCAUGCAUACUACAUACAUAUGUGUGUGCGUAUAACAAUUCAAAUUCAAGCCUGGUCUCUUAGCUGUUGCAUUCACUAGAACUACGAAAAUCUAUUUUUGGCAAAUUAAAACACGUGUCUUGUUAUUAAAACCUAUUUAAAGUAGCCUGUUGGCCACAUAAUGCGAAAAAUGUGCUCUAUAUCAAUAACAGUAAAACUAAUUGAUGAAUAUAUGCCACAAAAAUGCUGAGACUGGUAUAAAAUUAUACCAUUUCCAGAAGAAAGAACACACCCACAUACAUACACAUGCGCUAAUAUUGGCGACGCGUGUUUAGUGCAAUGCAGUUAAUUAUAUAAUUUGUUGGUACAUUUUUUUUUGUUUUCUAUAUACAAAUUGCAUACACAUACAUACAUGUAUGUAUUCAAAUGUAAUAUCAAAUAAUAUUAAUUUUUAAAGUUAUUCACUGUUCGAUUUUCUGUUAUAUAUUUGCGUUGCUUUUGUUAAAUAUUUCUAUUGCUAUUUCUGUCGUUUGUUUGUUUUUAUUGCUUUACAAGUUUUCUUUGUUAAACUGUAGAGUACAACUCUGCGUUUGUGUUUACUUGAAUUAUUUACACAAAAUAUUGCAAAAUAUGCCAACACAUUGUAAAAAAGCUAUAUAUUUUGCAUAUAAAUGCAGCAGUACCGUUAUGUGAAAGAAAAAAUAAUAUAAAAAAUUUACAAUAUACAAUAUGUGUGCAACAAAAAUAAUUUUCUAUGCCAUUAUGACUGUUAGCCCUCAUAUUUUAAAAAAAUUGUAUUUGCUUUAAGAGGAAAAUUUGCUUUGCAUGAAGCACAAUAUUUUAUUUGCUGCAGACAGCAAAAAUUCUAGUGCAAAAAAUAUGCAAUCAGACAGUGCACCCCUUUUAUUUUUUUUUUGUUUUUAUUGCGUUUGGAAGCACUCGUAUUUAAGCCGUUAUUUGCGUUAUUACAAAUCCAAAUAUUAUAACAAAUUGACGCAAACACACAGAGAAAAGUGUGCAUUUGCGAAAUCAAAGUAAAAAAUUGUAAUUACUUUUAAUUAAUUAUAACAAAUGAUAAAAUAUUUAUAAUUGUAUGAUUUUUUUUUGUUGGUUUUUGAAAGCAUUGGCAAACCAUUCAAAAAUUUUGCUUUAAAAUAUUAUGUAUGAAAUAAGGCGAAAGAAAUUGCAGCAAAAAUUGGUAAAAUGCAGCAAAAUAUAAAAACAAAAAAGGUGAAAAUUUGUAAACAGAAACAAAAAUAACUGAACAAUUUAAUUAUAGUAGUAAAAGUAUUUAAUUAAGUAACUACUAUAAUUACUAAACAUAAUUUCAUCGAAAGUGCGCACUGUAUUUUGUUUUACAACAACAUUAUAUUGUAAUGUAGGAACAAAUUUCAUAGGUAUAUACAUAUAUAGAAAGGUUUAUGUAUAGUGUUAGUCAAAUAUUAUAUGUAUUUAAAGCGCUGUGUGAAGGGAUUUGUGUGUAAACAGUGCAAAGAAUGUAAAAACUUUAGUAAAAGUAAUGAAAGCGCAACUACAAACACAUACAAAUAAAUAGUAAUGUAUACACGCAUACACACACACAAUACAACUCAUACGCAAACAUUUCCAUUAAGUUUACGAGGGCGUGGCAUUGCAUACUUGUUUAAGAAAGAAUAUGCACAUUUUUUUCGGCUCGUAUAUUCUACGCCACGCCUUUGUAUUAAACACUACACUCAAUCAUAACCUCAGUUUUCAGUAGUUUCAUGCCAACAUUAUAGAAAUGCAUUAUAUAAUAUGGCACUUUGCUACCCCGCGGAGCUGAAGCCUAUAAUAUAUAACAUUGCAUUAGUCAAAACUAUAAAAUAGUCUCUUUAAUGGGCUAUAAUAAUAUAAUUUAAAAAUAUUUAAAAAAAUAGUGUCACUUCAGUUAAUACAAAAUAGUAUGAUUUCUAAUAGCAAACAAAAAAUAACCGAUUUACAAACAAGUUAGCUAAUUUUGUUGUAUAUUUUUCAAUUAAUUGUAUUAUUACUAUUAUAUAUACAUUAAUAAUAAUACAUUAAUUAUUUAACAUAUUUUUUCACCCAACGAAGCGCACGUUAUAUUUUUUUUAUUAAAAAAUUAUUUUUUGCUAUUAUUAAAAUGCGUUGAUUCGAAAAUAUAUUUUCAUUUUAAAAAUUUCGAAAUUAAAUUUUGUAAUAUAUUCUGCAAACCAUACCAGAAAAUGUUUGAAGCAACAGUUCUGUACUAUACAUAUGUAUGUAGUAUGUACACCUAUACAAUAAUGUAUACAAAGCUCACAACUCAGACUUCAGGAGCUGAAAAUAAUUUCUACGAUUUUGUUUCUUAAAAACUAAAAAAAAAAUGCCAUUGAAAAUUCCCGUGCGCUCAUAAACAAAUAAUAAUAGUUUUUUGUGUCUACAAAAGUAAAAAAAAAGUUUCAGUUAGUUUGUGGUUGUUGUUGUUAUGAUAGAAAAAACAUGCACCAAUUAAUUUUUAGCCAUGCUGCCGUGGCGACAGUCUAUAGUGACAUACAUAUAUAUGUAUGUAUAACUGACCUUUUUAGUGAGCCCGCUAUUUCUGAAAAACAUACCACAUUUUUCACACUCAUUCUUACGAAUUUUGUAAGCUCGUUUUUGGCCACUAAGUUUUGUAGGCACACAUUUUGUAAACAAUAUUUUCCUUUACUAAGCUUUCGAAAUAUUUACACCACUUUCACAAAUCGCAAAAAUAUAUAUACAUACAUACAUAUGUACAUAUAUAUAGUUUAUGAAAUACCGUUAAAAUGCAUGAAUGCAAACACUGUAAGCUUUUGAUGAGUAUUUUGAAAUAAAUGAUAAUAAAAGUUUAAAAUAAAUAUUUUGCAAAACAAAAAUCGAAAGCUCAGAAAUAGAACGAAAAGCAAAAACAAAACAAUAGCAAAAAGAAAAAGUUGUAUAAUAUAGAAAUUUUGUGUAAAUUACUGUAAAAAGAGCAAAAUGCAGCUGAACAUCUAUAGUAAGGAUUUAUAAUUAAGUUUGUGAGUUGUAAUGAAAUGACAUAACCUAAAAAUAACAGCACUUGAACUGUGUCAAGAGUCAAACAUGGCAUUUUCGGCUAAACAGCGGAGUUCCAACCAAAAAUAUUUGGCUUUUAGUUGACACAUUUGGGUAUUUGCAACGAUUUUUGGUUAUAAAAGCAUGGCAAAAUGACGAAGUCAACUAAAAACUGACUAUUUUCGGAUUAAAAGUUGUUUACCAAAAAAAAGUAAUAGUGUGCGUCUAGAAAGUCAAAAAAAUCGACUGUUACUAUUUUUAAGCUUUAGUUUUCAUUUUAUGCAAAAUCUAUAUAUAUGUCUCAUAUAAUACAUAAGUACAUAUAUGAGCAACUCAACUAUAGCAUUGCAGUUUAUUUACUAACUGAAGCAAACUAAAAUUUUCACCAAAAAAUAUUGUUUGCGAAAAAACUUAAACAAAAGUAUUGAAAAUUAAGCAAUUAUAAUAAGCGCGUAUGUUUGUGGAAGCGAUGGCAAGAAGAUACAAAGAACAAAUGGAAGUAAGACAAGAUUGCUCCGCGUAUAAAAGGAAAUUUUAGAAAAACAAGUAAAGUUAUAUAAGAGAAACAUACCAAGUGUUCACUGCUAGAGAGGCAGCCGUUAGUGAGAGGAAAUACGGGAAAUGAAUGUAUGUAUGCAAGUAGUAAGCGAUUGUGUGACUGAGCAAACAAAAACAAUAUUUUAUUUUUUCGCUUUACUUUAAAUAGGAAUUGUAAAUAAUGAAUAUUAAACGCUAUUCUACUAAACUAGUUUACUAUCAGUGAAGUACAGAAGAAUUACGAAUUACGGUAAAGUUGUACAAUGCAAGCAUAGUGUAACAAAAAUGUCAAGAGAAUAUGAAAAUGCAAGCAAAACAAACAAAGAAACAAAUAAAGUUUAAUGAAAAGAAACAAAUUUAAAUUCAAGUAAAUCAUUAAAUAAAAAUGGCGUACGGAUAUGGAAAUUUGUUAAAGGAAUAUCCGGCGCAAAGAAAUAAUUAGGCUACUAAUUUCUGUAUGCAUAUGUAACUAAGUGUAAAUGCUAAUAGACAAACAUACAACAUACAAUAAAUAUGUAUAAAGUUGUAUAAAGUGUAUCGCCAAGUAGUGGGCGUGUCGUGCAUAAACAAAUUGUGAAAACAAUUCUGAAAAGCGUGCGAAAUUUGUAGAAGAAAAAUUUGUUUUAAAUUGCAGGUGUGCAAAUAAUUGCAAUGCUGAUAUAUGUACAUACGAAUAAACAUUGUAUAAUACUAAUAUUGAUUUAAUAUUUAGCUGCAACUCUUAUUUAAAAUGUUUGCCAAAAACUGAUGACAAGUGAAGCAAGAAAAUGCAAAAAAAAUAACACUUUGUUAAUUUUUCUAUAUUAUUUUCCACAGGCAAAAAAAUAUCUUUAUUGGUUGGUUUAAACAUACAUACAUAUAACUAUAGUAGCAGUAAAAAAUAUAAUUUAACCAAAAACAUAUUUUUGAGUAAUUGUAAACCUGCUUCAUUAAGUUCAGUUAUAAAAUAUGCGAUUUGUAUGUAAUUAAUCAUAUUUUUAAAAAGCACUUUUAGCAGAACAAAAACGAAAUAUUGCUGCUACUCCAUGAAAAGUAAGGCCUAAGAUGAAUAGAAAUUGUACUUUUUGUUCUAAUAAACAAAGAAUAAUAAUAAAUAACAUAAAAUCAAGUAAUAAUAUGGCAAGACAACUUUAGUUCUUAAGUAAAAAUGCUAAAUGUUCAGCAAAGGUAUACUAUAUUUUUGCACAAAGAGCAAAACAAAAGUCGAACUGUUUUGUAAAACCGUGCGUUGCUUGGACUAAAGUAUUUAUAUGGUUACAGAAAAAAAGAAACGUUUUUUGGCAAAAAUGUGAUUUAAAUAAUUGUUGUAAAUUCAAAAAUAAAAUUUAACGAACAAAAAAAUUUUUAAUUUAUUUUACAAAAUUUUGUAAAGAAAAUUUAAAUUUAUGUUACAAAUUUUUUGCAACUUUUUUAAACAAAGAAUUAUAUUUUUUCGUUGCAAAUUUUUAAACAAAAUACAAUCUCUUAAUUUUCAAAUAUUCUUAAUUAAAAGUCCAUCAACCGCACCGUUGUAGUUAUAAUUUUUGCAAAAAACAAAAUAUAUAAAUGAAAAAAUUACCAAUUUUCAUUAUGAAAAAAAAAAAAAACAAAAAUGAUAAUUAAAAAAUAAUUAUUAUUAAAAACACAAACACAUGAUGUGUGUGUUUGCAAGGUAAGAAGUAAGGUUUUUGUGCCUUUUUCAAAAAAAAAUUCAAAAAAAGUUUAAAUGUAAUAAAGAAAAACAGAAGGAAUGGAAAUUGCAUCAAAUGAACGCGAAAGAUGAACAACAAGAGACGCAAAAUAAAGUAAGACACAACUACAAAGAUUUAAAUAUAGUUGUGUGAAUGAAAAAUUUAAUAAUAAUUAAAUUCUCAAAAAAAAAAAAAAAAAAAA